AUGAAGAAGAACAAGGCCCCCACCUCCAGAAGGUCAGAGAUACAGAACAUCUACCAGUGCUACUCCUCCGGGAGGAAUACUCUGGCCGCCUCCGCUCUCCUCAGGUUCCUACACAUGGAGCAGAUGGAGGCAGCAGCCAAUCAGGAGACAGCGGAGGGCUUGAUUGACAGAUAUGAGAUUGAGGAGACAGCUAGAGAGAACAGAACCAUGACAUUCGAGGGAUUCUACAGAUACAUGGAGUCUAAAGACUGUAGUGUGUUUGACCAGAUACACACGUCUGUGUACCAGGAUAUGGACCAGCCUCUGUGUCACUACUUCAUCUCGUCUUCUCACAACACCUACCUCACCGGGGACCAGCUGGUCGGCAAGAGCACCCUGGACGCCUAUAUCAGUGCGCUGAGGAGAGGUUGUCGUUGUUUGGAGAUUGACUGCUGGGACGGUCCUAGUGCAGAGCCUAUAGUCUACCAUGGUCACACUCUGACCAGCAAGAUCCUGUUCAAGGACGUCAUCACUACCGUGGAGCAGCAUGCCUUCGAGGUGUCUCCGUACCCAGUGAUCCUGUCCCUGGAGAACCACUGUACCCCGACUCAGCAGGAUGUCAUGGCCCAGUACCUCACCUCCAUCCUGGGGGAAAAACUGCUGUCCACCAGCCUGGACCUCACCAAUCAGCCUGGACAACUGCCCAGCCCUAACGAGCUGAAAUAUAAAAUCCUGAUUAAGAACAAAAAGCUCAGUCCUCAGUAGGACAGGAGGGAGAGAAACUCAGAGGGGGAAGACAGUGAGGAAGAGGAUGAUGAUGAGGAUGAGGAAGAGGAGCCUAAUCUCAAAACAAAGCACCAUUCCAAAUUGAAACGGUCAGGGAAGAAAGUAAUUGCUGAGUCUCUAUCUAACCUGGUGGUCUACACCAAGUCAGUGAAGUUCCACAGCUUCAGCCAUGCCAGAGAACACCAGCAGUACUAUGAGAAUAGCUCUCUGGGGGAGAAGAAGGCUCACAAGCUGGUCAAGACCUCAGCUCCAGAUUUCAUCCAGCACAACAUGGUGUUUAUCACCAGGAUCUACCCAGCAGGAUCUAGAACCAUGUCCUCCAACUACAACCCUCAGGGGUUCUGGAAUGUGGGCUCACAGCUGGUGGCUCUCAACUUCCAGUCGUUGGGCCUGCCCAUGGACCUGAACAACGGGCGUUUCCAGGACAACGGUGGCUGUGGUUACGUCCUCAAACCCCUCUUCCUCAGAGUCAAUCAGUGGGGCUUUAAUCCGAACAGUUACCGUCACAACCUGAAGCCAGCACACCUACUGCUGAAGGUUAUCAGUGGCUCCAACCUGCCUGUCCCGCGGAGCGGCAAGGCCCUGGACCCCUUCGUACGCGUGGAGAUCCACAGUGUCCACUCAGACUCCUGCAGGAGACACACAGACACUGUCAGACACAACUCUCUGAGCCCUCGUUGGGACUCGGCCAUGAACUUCACCGUCUCUGUCCCUGACCUCAGCCUCAUCCGCUUCACUGUAAGAGACCAGACAGGACUCACCUCUGAGUUUAUAGGACAGUACACCAUCCCCUUCAUCAGCAUGAAGAAAGGGUACCGCUGGGUUCCUCUCCUGUCUAGAGAGGGCUAUAGCCUGGAUCCAGCUUCUCUCUUUGUUUUCAUCUGGUACUCCUAG